AUGAGUUCUCAAGAAAACGAUAGAACCAGCCGGAACCCAUGUGCUAAUGGCUGUGGCUCCUUGGUCCCUGCUGAAAACUCGAAUUACUGUAACAAUUGUUUCAAGCUUCUUCUUGCGGAGGAACAAGCUGCCGUUACAGCGGCAGAAAGGGCGGAGGCUGCAUACUCAAACGAAACAAAUCCAGGUGAAAAUUGGGUCAGAGCACAGAUGUCAACAAUUACCCUGGAGGAAUGGAUAUCUAUGAUCAGAAGAAAAGAACGUGCCAGGCAAUUUGAGGAUUCGCCACUUUCGUUCUCUGAACUACUAGAUAUCACUCGAAGAAAUGACCGGGGUGAUGAGUUGGAUACUAUGGACAGUUCUUCUACAGUCCCUCCACCAUUGACGCUCGGUUCAGAAAGUAAAGAGUGCUCAAGAAGUGGUGAGGUUGAGCAGGCCAGAGUGGUGAGAUGUCCAGUUUGCAGGAAGAAAGUUGGACCGAUGAAAUAUAAGUGCAAGUGUGGUGGAGUUUUCUGUAUAUUUCAUCGUCUUUCGGAAGACCACGAAUGCUGCUAUGAUUAUAAGGCUUUGGGUCGUCAAGCAAUUGCCAAAGCAAAUCCUGUUAUUAAAAGACAUAAAUUGAAGACUAUUUGA